AUGAAUCCAGUCCCGUUCUCCGAAGCCCCUUGGCUGCGCAUGCCCUCGCCGUUUUACGAGGAGACGCAUCGGGUGUGGCAGAAGUUCUGUCGAGAAUUCAUUGGAGCCAAUUUCACGCAAUACGCGCUGCAAUGGGAGAAUGAAGGUGCUGUGCCAGCGGAGGUCUACAGGAGCUUUGGAAAGGCGAAUAUGCUGGCAGCGUGCCUACCAGCGCCACUGCCCGCAAAACUACUUCGAGAGCACGGCAUUACCCACAUAGGACCUCUGGCUGUUGAGGAUUUCGACUACACACACACCUCAAUAUUCCUGUCAGAGAUGAUGUCUUGCGGGCUAUCCGGGCCGGUCUCUAGUCUCAUUACUGGAGUCGCGUACGGCACACCUCUACUCAUCGACCAUGCCCCUCAAAAGAUACAGUCAGAGUUGAUACCAGAGAUUCUCAAAGGCAACAAGCGCAUUUGCAUUGCGAUCACAGAGCCAGAUGCUGGAAGUGAUGUGGCCGGGCUACAAGCUACCGCUGUCAAAUCUGCAGAUGGCAAACACUAUGUGGUCAAUGGAGCCAAGAAAUGGAUAACGAAUGGACUCUGGUCCGACUACGCUAGCACUUGUGUUCGGACGGGAGGCAAAGGGCCUGGCGGCUUGUCGCUUCUGCUCGUGCCUCUUAAAAAUGAUGGAGUCUCCGUGCGGCGCAUAGCUGUAUCUGGGCGAAAAUGCUCCGGAACUUCUUACAUCGAGUUCGAUGAUGUCAAGGUACCAGUCGAGAACUUGAUCGGCAAAGAAGGCAAUGGCAUGAAAUACAUCAUGAACAACUUCAACCACGAACGGCUGUCAAUCGCGAUCAACACUACCAAUCAAGCGCGCGUCGCUCUAUCUUCCGCAUUCGAAUAUGUCACCCAAAGGGAAGCAUUCGGCGCGCCACUGAUCAAUCAGCCCGUUGUCCGAAAUCGUCUCGCUCGUGCUGGAGCCAAGUUGGAAACUCAAUGGGCUUGGGUCGAGAGUCUUGUUUACCAGUACAAGCAUCUGCCAGCACACGAAGCAGCUUCAAAACUUGGUGGGAUGACGGCUCUGGUUAAAGCGAAUGCUGGAAUGGUGUUAAAUGAGUGUGCAGAGUGUGCACAGAUCUUAUUUGGCGGCAACGGCUACACCCAAAGUGGCAAGGGGGAACUAGUGGAAAAGAUCGCGAGAGAGGUGGCCGGUGUGCGCGUACCAGGCGGAAGCGAAGACAUUAUGCUGGAUCUAUGCAUCCGACAAUUAUACAAAGGUUAUACCAGCCAGUCGACGCCGUCGAAGCUUUAG